CGCCCCUCGUUCAAUCCUGGUAUGAAAACAAUAAACAACCCGUUGCCUCAGAGAGCCGUAGAGGACCUGUCGCUUAUUUCUGUCACAUAUGCGAUUAAAAUAAGGACCGGAGCGUCUCGUUUCAACGCAAAUGAUCGUUUUUAAAAGGCGCAUUGUACAGACCCAGGUCCAAACGCGAAGACUCGGGGGAUUUUGGUGUCAAAGGACAGGAAGUUAGUGAAACGGGUUCGUCCGCUCUUGUCCACCCCAGCUCGCGUUCACUCUGUUAUUCUCGUCUGCACACACUACCGAGGGCCCUUAAAUCUGUUAUGCAGGACUGGUCUCUUGUUCCGCCACCUCUCGGCUCCCUCUCCCCGUCUGUCGUGGCCCUAUGUCUCGGUGGCUCUUCCCAUGGUCGGGCUCAAUAAAGAAACGGGCCUGUCGGUACCUCCUGCAGCACUACCUGGGCCACUUUUUGGAGGAAAGACUCAGUUUGGACCAGCUGAGCUUGGACCUGUACAAUGGAAGCGGUGUCAUUCGGGAAAUUAACUUGGAUGCUUGGGCGGUGAAUGAGUUUUUGGAGACUCUAGGAGCUCCACUAGAGAUUGUCGAAGGUUUUGUGAGCAGCAUUUCGGUGACAAUUCCCUGGGCGGCACUUGUUACGGACCACUGCACCCUUGAAGUCACUGGACUGCAAAUAACAUGCAGACCCAAAUACAGAAUGAGUGGGAGCUGGGACUCCCAAGGGUGGUCCUCGUGUAUGACGUCCAGCAUGCAGCUGGCCCAGGAGUGCCUGAAGGACCCACCGGAGGCGUCCGAAGAGCCGCCUGCUCCACUGGAGGGGCUGGAAAUGUUUGCACAGACCAUCGAGACGGUCCUACGUCGAAUUAAAGUAACCUUCCUGGACACCAUAGUGCGAGUAGAACACCAUCCCCUGGACGCCGAGACGGGGGUGGCCUUAGAGAUGCGCAUUAAACGGGUGGACUAUUGUGAUGAGGCUGUGAGAGACUCAAGCCAGACAGUGCCUGUGGACAUCCACCAGCCACCAGCUUUCCUGCACAAGAUCCUUCAGCUUAACUCUGUACAGCUGCUUUAUGAGACCCUGGGAGGAUCACAGGGGCUGAUUCAUUCUGAUGUUAUGGUGGGCAGCAGGGAGGGCACGAAGAAGGCGGAUGAGGAAGAUGAGGAUGAUGAUGAUGUAGAUGUAGACGAUGCCUCCAAACCUUCUCAACCAUUGCAUCAUCCCCAGAAGCCCCCCGAACCCCUGCUGAUCGGGCAUUGCUCAGGAUUCAUAGAGACGACGGUCAAAAUUAAACAGAACGAAAUGCUGCCUGGACCCAAGUUUGAGCUGGAUGGUAAGGUUGGUUGCCUCCACCUCCUGCUGUCCCCAAUUCAAGUGACUCACCUGACGGAUCUCCUGUCUGCCCUCUGCAUUGAGACGUCAGAAGGCAGCCGUGGUGGUGGGGUGUCCGGUGGAGGGGUGUCCAGACCUCUGGGUUCUGAUGAUCUGCGUUUGAUUGAGGAAGAUCUCAGUAAACAGCUGAAUGCAGAGAUGAUGGACAGAGACCUGGAGCUGGACGCAGAGCCCUAUGUCAAUAGUAUGGAGAACGGAGAUAUGUUUUACUCCAUGGGUGCCGGCUGUAUGACCAGCAGUGUGUUGUCCACACGCUCUGGCAGUGAACUUUCUGACAGCGACAUGGAGUCGUCCAUUCAUAGUCAAAGCAGCGUGGCCCAGUCAAAUCCUCCGCAUGGAAUGCUUAACUGUCCUCGUCGUUAUCCUGUACCAGGAUCCUUAUCUAGUUUACCACAAUGUAGCAGACCCUCAAAACGUUCGUCUCGUGGUGGCCAUUCAGAGCCAAUGAAACCAGACACCUUGCUCCGCCUCUCGCUGGGCGGAGUCACGCUGACUAUGCUACAACAGGAACCGCCCCCCGGGCCCGACGGGCUCUCCUCAUUGGCCGAGCUGUCGCAGGUGUUUUUCCGGGAGCUUGCGUACUUUAAAGACAGCAUGUUCAGCGAGAGAGACUUCCAAAAUUUGCGCGGGAGUUUUGCUAAAGCGUGUCCUCACUCUCACAUCAGGGUGACCGGUGCCGCUGUGCAGCUGGCAUGUGAGAUGCGUAGCGCAGGGCGGCACACCCGAGCCAUGACCUCUGACCUCUCCUUCAGCAGGCUGGAGCUACUGGAGUCCCUGUGGGAUUCUGGUGGUCCGCAAUACACAGAGCUUCUGCAGUUCCAGUCGGCUGGUCUCUUCACGAUGGGUGCGGCUUCCAGACCGUGUGCUCAGUUCCACCACAGUCUGUGUGAGAAGCACAUGCGCAAGAGUGGAACCAGGAGGCGUGUGGUGCGCAGAGACAGUUCUCUACAGGUUGAGCUCGGAGAACUCAGCUCUGAGUUGGACUUGGAUAUUCUGGGCCGAUUGGAGCAAAUCUUACAAGCCUUGAGUCAUUGUUCAACACCACCCCAAAGUACCAAAGCACACGCACCAGAGUCUCAGUUGUUAGAGCUUCACUCAUCCCUGGUGCUUCAAUCUCCUCACGCUGUGCUGAAGGUGCGUUUCCCCAUCCCUGACCUUCGACCCCCGGAUCUGAGGCGACCCCUGAGCCAGCGUGCGGUGCGCAGUGAGAUCCUGAGCUUGCAGAUCUCCAACCUGGAGCUGAGGUCUCAGCAGGGGCCAGAUGUUCCCCAGGAGGGCGCAAGCAGCCCUGGAGCCAAAUUUACCAAAUUACUGGAGGCCUGUUUCACAGAUCUACACGGAGUGUAUGAGGGUUGGGAGGGAGAGGCAUUUCCCUUUAUCUGUGUACAGAAGAGUUCAGAUCCACACAACCCUGACGCCAUGCCCAGGAUUCAGGUGCGUGUGAAUGAGGGAGCAGAUUCUGACAGCAGAGGCGCGCGUGAAGGGCUCAACACAGAUCUGGGUCUGGCCUCCAUGUCUCUGGAGAAUCCCUGUGAGCUCCGAGAGAAGAACAGCUCUCCAUUCUCAUCCAACCGCACCAUGUUUGAGACGGAAGAGAUGGUGAUCCCGGCUGACCCAGAGGAAAUGAAAGAGUUUCAGUCUCAGUGUAUAUGUCAGUGUCAGUAUGUGGUUGAUAUCACGUUUCCUGUAGCUUUUAUCCUCCUGCCCAGCAAAGAUGCUUUCCAGAGCAUCUACAACAGGAUUAACAAUGAUCUGUUGAUGUGGGAACCUCCUCCUGUUCCUCCUCCGCCAGCACCCUCUUUCUCUUCAAAAGGUGCCCGUAUUCCCUCUCACCAGCGCAGACCUGAGAAGGACGAGUUUUACCUCUGUAAAUCUGCCUUCAGACUGGAAUCUGACUCUGAGGAGGAGGAGCCUCAGUUUUACUCAGCCAGCCAAUCAAAGAGAAAAAAACAGUCGGAGCCUCAGUCUGGCCACGCCCUCAGUCUGCUCUGUUUAUCCGUGCUGAUUGGCAAGGGUCGCCUACAAGCCAUGACUGACUGCAAGAACGAGGCUGGGCGUAAAGUGGAACAGUGUCACGGAGAAGUCAUUUUGGACUUGGAAGGGGGGAAGAUUUUUAGUGUGACGCAGCAUCAGAACAAUCCAAAUCUUAACUUCCUGACCAUAGAGAGCAAAAAAGUGGAGCUCUAUCAUAAAGCGGAGGUCCCUGACUCCCCCAUCCCUGAGAGAUUAGAAAUGCCCAGAUUCACACCCCCAGGUCAUUUAGACCCUACCAUUUACCCCACGGAGGUAGGGGUGAGCAGCGUCGGCGGGAGAGAAACCAACAUCCAAAUGCUAUCGACUGCUAUCCAAAUCACAUUAGACCUGGAGAGAAACGUCAAGGAGUUUCUGGUCGCGUUACGACUCCAUGGUGCUACUUUACGACAUCACAUGGCAUUGACCAAUCACAGCUGGCAUGAACAGAUAGUUGACUUCCUUGACGUAAUAGAUGAUGAUAUUUUAGGAUACACCCCACCUGCUGUCAUCACAGUUCUACACACUCAUCUGGCCACCUGUGCGGUCGACUACAGACCUCUUUAUCUUUCUCUGCGAGUUUUGUUGACCGCAGAGUCCUUCUCUCUGUCCAGUAACAUCAUCGUGGAUACCGCAACCUUUCACCUCAGGUUUAUCUUGGAUGACUCUGCGUUGUACCUGUCUGAUAAAUGUGAAAGUGACACAGUGGAUUUGAGGCGAGAUUAUGUGUGUGUGUUAGACAUUGAUUUGUUGGAACUGGCCAUCACCACAUGGAAAGGAACAGACUCCAGUAAACUGACUCAGCCGCUGUUCGAGCUCCGUUGUUCUAAUAACGUCGUUCACGUGCACACCUGUGCGGACUCGUGCGCUGCCCUGGUUAACUUGCUGCAGUAUCUGGUCUCUCAGGGUGACCUUCACCCUCCCCCCCGCCACACGUCCCCUACAGAGAUUGCCGGACAGAAGCUUCUGCUGUCCGAAAGCCCCGCCUCCCUUCCGCCCUGCCCACCAGCGGAGACGGCAGAGAUUAACCAAUGUGAUCUCACAGAUGCCUUGAUUGACACGGAGAGAAUCCCGCACGAAGAGAAUCAAGAUCCAGGAUCCCCAUCCAUCCGACGAGCCUCACCUGUCUCGGUCUACCUGUUUCCGGGAGAGGCUCCUAAGCCCCGCCCCUCUGUACUGGAAGGGGAGGAGUCUGAUCUUGAUGGACUGGUGACCACAGCUAUGGAAGUUCAUGCAGAUGUGAUGUCAGAGGAAGGCUCAGAAUGUUCCACAGAUAAUGAUGACUUCUGCAUCCUAGAAGCUCCUGGGAUGGGCAUCCCGCCUAGAGACGGUGAGCCUGUGGUGACGUUGCUCUCUCAGGGCCCUAUAAAGGUGCGUGAUGGGUAUUUCUCAAGGCCACGUGGCAGUUCAGACCUGCUGCGCGCUCCCGCCUGUUUUCCAGUGCCUCAGAACAGACUGGUGCUCCGAGAAGUGUCCGUAAUCUGGCACCUGUACGGUGGGAAAGACUUCGGGGGCAAACCCAGCUCCGGUCACCCGCAGCACGGUCAAAAGGUUCGAGCGACCACUCCCGGAGCACGUGGGUCUCCAUCUCGUUCAGCUGGACCCUCACGUCCUCAGAACUCUUGGCGCUGGGUUGGUGGGAGUGGGAGGCAGCACACGCUGCUCAUGGAGAUACAGCUGACUAAGGUCAGUUUCCAGCAUGAGACCUACCCGGUGUUGUUGCCUGCUGUGCCGGGUCAGGACGCAGAGGGGGCGGGGCUUGGCGAACAGCCUAUUUCCCGUCAGGUGUUUAUCGUUCAGGAGCUUGAGGUGCGAGAUCGAUUGGCUUCCUCUCAAAUUAACAAGUUUCUGUAUCUGCACACCAGUGAGAGCAUGCCACGCAGAGCACACUCCAACAUGCUGACUGUGAAAGCACUGCAGGUGAUGCCUGAGUCAGGUCUGGGCGGUCCAGAAUGUUGUCUCAGAGUGAGUCUGUUACCAUUGCGACUCAACAUUGACCAGGAUGCACUUUUCUUCCUGAAGGACUUUUUCAGUAACUUGGCAGCAGGAGUUAAUCCAUACCUACCCGUCGACCCCGCGUCUGAGGUGAGGACUGACGCUCCUCAAAAGCAUUCAGAUGAUACAGAUGCUGUCUAUGGAUUGGGUCCUGAUCUCGCUGCCUCCAUAGAAACAACCUACAGUGAGCAGAGUUCCUCCUCUGCCGGCUCCUCCUCUUCCUCUGAACAACCGAUCUACUUCAGAGAGUUUCGCUUCACCUCUGAAGUUCCCAUCUGGUUGGACUAUCAUGGAAAGCAUGUGGUCAUUGAGCAGGGAACGUUUGCGGGCAUUCUGAUUGGCCUAGCUCAGCUGAACUGCUCUGAAUUGAAGCUGAAGAGAUUGUGUUGUAGACAUGGGCUGUUGGGUGUUGAUAAGGUGAUUCAGUUCGCUGUGAACGAGUGGCUUACUGACAUCAGGAAGAACCAGCUGCCGGGGAUUCUGGGAGGUGUGGGACCCAUGCAUUCUGUUGUACAACUCUUUCACGGCGUGCGGGAUCUCUUCUGGAUGCCCAUUGAACAGUACCGGAAGGAUGGGCGCAUUAUUCGAGGCCUCCAGAGGGGGGCAGCAUCAUUCGGCACUUCGACGGCUUCAGCUGCUCUGGAGCUCAGCAACAGACUGGUGCAGGCAAUUCAGGCCACUGCUGAGACCGUCUAUGACAUCUUAUCUCCGACCCCUCCUUUGACACGCUACAUAACGGAGGGACGGCCCACCCAGCGUCCCAGACGCACCCCUCAACCAGCUGACCUCAGAGAGGGUGUCGCCAAGGCCUAUGACACCGUUAGAGAAGGAGUGAUUGACGCAGCUCAGACCCUGUGCGAUGUGGCAUCUCGCGGGCACGAGCAGAAAGGUCUUCCGGGAGCAGUGGGCGGGGUUUUGCGUCAAAUCCCACCCACCGUCGUCCGCCCCCUAAUAGUUGCCUCGGAGGCCACUUCCAACCUGCUCGGAGGCAUGAGGAACCAAAUUAAACCGGACGCACGGAAAGAGGACUUCUUGAAAUGGCGCACUGAAGACGGCCAAGAAUGAGAUUGACGGGGGUUGAAGAAGUCCGUUUUUUGUUAGUAUGAACGAAGCGUGUGUGAAUGUACGAGUAUUGAUGUGAGUUUGUUCAUGAGCACAAAUGCAAAAACGAAGGACAACAAACUCUAAAAGGAAACUAGAUUUGGAAGUGGGUCCACACAGUUGCACACUUUGUUUUGUAGAAUGCAAAUGGUUUUGCACUUGGCUAGAAGAGGAAAUCUCAAAGUGCAGGUCACCCACAUCUUGAUCAUGAUGUAUGACGUAUGCAAUCAUAUCCGUUUGAAACACUUGUUUACCUGUGAGCUCAAGACCAGAUGUUUUUCCUGCUCAUUCAACAUUUGGCCGAAUCGACAUUUUCUCUCUGAAGUAUUACAAAGGUAAAGAAAGUUUAACAAACUUGUUCAUAAUCUCUGAUUUAAGUAAGGCGAAUGGAUCAUUUAAUGACUAUAUUGAGGUGGCCUUACUAUAUAUAUUGAUUAUUUUAACACUAGUGAAAUGAAUCUUUGUCCUCUGAUGUUUUGACUGUGUUUCAAGCACAGCCUGGUGUCCUAGUGCCAUAAUUCUGCUUUAUUGACAUUCUAAACACUUUUCUAUAUAAGUUUCCCUUUGUUUAAAUGUCUUUAGCCUAAAUUUACAUUAUUAUUUGAAAGUAACACAAAAAACUCAAUUCAUGUUACGUUGUAUUUCUUUCUGAAUGUGAUCAUGUUGUCUUUUCCUCAAGGAAAAGUGUCUUGCAGACCUUUCGCCCAAAAAUCUAAGAAAAAAGUUUAAAAAAAAUGAUUCGGUACAAAAUGCGCUCUAUGCCAUGACACUUUACAUAGUUUGUUAUAUUAGUUUUAUCACACACAAUAUUUACAUAGUUUAUUUUUAACAAAAUGCAUCCAACUAUUUUUCAUGUUUUUCAAAAUGACUCGAAAUACUGUAAUACAAUGAUUUUAAGUUGUAUUAUAACUAAACAAUUACUGGACUGCCAUCAGUUUUUAAAUCGGCAAAAGGUAAAACAGUAUUUGUUUUUUCUUGCAUCACAUUAAUGAAAUGUGCCGAACGGUCAAGGCAAAAAUCCUAAAAACAUUUGGUUGGUGCAAAAUAUAAUUCUUAUAUCUAUUGAUUUAGGCUUAAAAUAUGACCCAUACAUAAUCUUGACAAGUUUUGUGCGCUUUACCCUUAAUUUGGCCAUAUACUCCAAAACUAAACAUUUGCUGUCAUUUCAGAAGUUGCCUUCCUACAUAUUUGUAGUAAUGGCUAAUGAAAUGUAAAAGUGAUGGUUACCAUUUGAUGCCCAUUCUCUCUCUCUUUUAUUUUCGUUAAAUGCAUACCGUGUGAGGGAAGUGUGUUUUGGGAUAUUUUGUGUUUAUGUGUUCAGUGUGUGUUCUGAGUGGGUGUGUAUGAGCAUGCAUGUUUGUGAUUUGAUGGUUGUUGGCCAGCUAUAUGAUUCAUAGCUACCACCAGUGUACGUUUAUUUUUGUCUGUAAUUAUAUGGAUAUCAUACGCUGUAAGAAUGACCUGUAUAGUACCAAGACAAUGUGGAAACAAAUUAAUACAAAAAAUAAAAUUGUGCAUUAGAACAAUUCCUGGUGUACAUGAUCCACAACGGUAGGCAUUUAUUUUUUUGUUUUUGUCGACAACGUAAUUAGAUUGAUGUUCAAUUUCUACUUUUUUGUCUGCUCUUCUUUCUGCAGUAUCAAAUGUGAUGAUUUAUCAAUUAUAAUUUAAGAAGUAAAUUAGCAAAAAUCAUGUUUUUUUUAUGGUGCAUUCCAAGUAAUAUCAAAGGGAAGUUGGGUUGGUCUGAUUAAGUAAUAAUAACUCAAGAAAAUCCAGCUAAAUAAACUAAAAACUGAGUUA